UUGGUCGCGCCGCCGCUGUUACACCGAACUAUCGCAGUCCGUCAGGUGUCGUCAGAUCGUUCGCGCGUUCCGUACCGGUCGGUUGUUUUCUCUUUCUUGUUGUAUGCGAAGUCUUACGAUCACGCGCGCCCGUUUACGUAAAAACCCGAGUGACGAAACAUUUUCUUAUAUAUUAUUUUGCGAAUCGCUUUUGUUACGACAAUAUUGUACUGUACCGCGGUGUUCGAACAGAAUUAAACCAACCAAAUACACAGAUUUCCAGACGCGCCAACAAUAUUUACGUUGUCUUACACGAACAGGUCGUACAAAAUGGGUUUGAGAAUAGCUUAAGUACGUCACUGUGUUCGUCAUGAACUCAAAUUCAUGGGAAUUAAUAUUGGCCGUGGUGGCCUGUCUGGUGUACAGUACCACGAGCCAUGUUGCCCUCACAUUUCCUCCAGCCCGUACCUACGACCUCGACUUUCUGGAUACGAGCAGAACGCCUGGCCCUUGUGGUAUGCCUAAAGGCUCAGUAAAGACUUCGUUGAUGUCUGGUUCGUCAUUCAACAUCACAUGGCAUCUGGCGUAUCCUCACCGGGGAGGAAUCAAACUUCAAGUACUAGACAAUUACCAAAGGCCAGUAUUGGAUUUAACACCAGUCACAAAGGAUUCUGAUUUUUUGAGGACCGAUGCAACAGCUCAGUCGUACGCUGUUCAGUUGCCGGGAGAUUUCGUUUGUGAAGAUUGUACCAUUAGGUUACUCAGAGAAGCAUUAGAAUGGGGCAAUAGCUACAGGUUUUGGUCAUGCGCUGAUGUCGAUAUAAAAAAUAAAAAAAAUUACCGAGAAGACUGCAGUGGCAAAGGCCGUUACUUAUUAUCGAAGUGUCGAUGUGACAAAUUGUAUUACGGUCCUAGAUGUCAAUACAAAGAUGAAUGCGUUGAAGAUGGCGAUUGUGGCGAUCAAGGCAGGUGUAUAGAUGUCCACGCAACGUCCGCUCCUAGGAAACAAUGUUAUUGUGAGCCCGGAUGGUUUGGACCAGCGUGUACUAAACGGUCAUCGUUGAAAUCAAAUGAAAUUGAUUUAAGCAAUCACAGAUUUAGAGAACUUUCAAAUGACUUCCAUUUAUACUGGAAAAUAUUCAAAGAAGAAGGCGAAAUAGAAGUUGUAUUAAGAGCAAACAGUACCAGUUAUUUAGGGCUAGGUUGGCGACCAAAAGAUUUGACUGCUGAGUGUAAGAAUUUCCCAGCACUAGCAGACUUGCCGGGUGCAAAAGCCGUAGCAGCAAUACCAAAACCCGAACCUGAACCAGAACCAAAAAGCGAACCAGAACCGAAAAGUGAGCCCGAACCGAAAAGUGAACCCGAACCAAAAAGUGAACCUGAACCGAAAAGUGAACCUGAACCGAAAAGUGAACCAGAGCCAAAGAGUGUACCUGAACCAAAGAGUGAACCGGAACCGAAGAGUGAGCCGGAACCGAAGAGUGAGCCAGAACCAAAAAGCGAACCGGAACCUAAAACUGAACCUGAACCUAAAACUGAACCAGAGCCAAAAAGCGAACCAGAGCCAAAGAGUGAACCAGAGCCAAAGGGUGAACCAGAACCAAAGAGUGAACCAGAAUCAAAAAGUGAACCAGAACCAAAAUCAACACCAGGACCGAAAUCAAGUAGCAAACCUGAACCAGAACCGGAACCCGAAACAACCGCAGAACCUUCACCAGAACCUACUACUUUAUCAACAACAACUAUUGCUAGUUCCACUAGGCCUAAACCAUCAUUUUUCCGAACCAGAGGUCGUCUUCAAAAACCAAAGCCUACCGAUGAACCGGAAGCUGCAGCAUCAACUGCUACUGCACCUUUAAGAUCUAAUGGAAGACCAGUAUUUGCUCAAUUACGAAAUACUAGAUCGGCUUCAACACCAAAUGAACCUCAACCAGAAUCAGAACCAGAACCAAGGCUGAAAGUUCAGGAAGGCCAUAAUCAUCACGAUCACUCUUCACAUGAACACGAUCACAACCACGAUCAUCACCAUCAUACUCACGACCAUAAUCAUGAACAUCAACAUGAAGCUCCAGCAAAAAAAGAACUAAAACUCAAUACAUACACACCGAAAGAUUUCAACGGGAUGGAUUGUACAGAUUUAGUGAUCGGGAGUGCUCGAGGAUCAUCCAGCAGAGUAUGGGACUAUUACACAAGAGACAGAUCAACGCCACGUGUGGACAGCUAUUGGGGUGGAAAGAAUGAUUUAAUCGCUGCUGUUGGGUUCGAAAAAGAUGGAGUCACGACUAUUGCUUUUAGAAAGAAACUUAAAGCCACCGAACCUACCGAUCACUCUAUCGUAGAUGAAGUUAUGCACGUGAUUUGGGCUAAGGGUCAAGAACAGAAAAACUAUCAGCAUUCACCAAAAUCUGGGCUAGAGAAAGAUGUUGCUUUUGUAAAAGAUUUUUACAAGCAAGAUGAACUUAAAUAUCAUGGCCAUGGAUCUCAGCGUGGAGUGAUUUCUAUUAACUUUUUCGAUGAACCCGGAAAACAGACGUCAUCGAUCGACGAUGAAGAGUCGGAAAAAACUGCCGAAGAUUCAUUAACUAGUCGUAACAAGCCGUCAGUCCAGCAAGUUUCCACGCCGGCGCCCAGUAACUGUUACGGUCAGUGGGCGACCCCAAAAGGCUGUAAUGUGACUGCUGGCCAAUGCGAGUACCAUGUGGUAUGGACUUAUUCGUCGAAAACCGAUUACAUGCGAUUCACGAUUACCACCACCCACACCAGUACUUGGACCGGUAUUGGAUUUUCGGACGACCACAAAAUGAGUCAAACAGAUGCCAUAAUUGGAUGGGUGGAUAAAGCAGGAAGGCCAUUCCUUAUGGACACGUGGAUUAACGGGUAUACGGCUCCACUGUUGGAUGCUUCACAAGACUUAAGCAAUAUAACCGGUAACACCGCCGAGGGAUUAACAACGUUGAGUUUUAUGAGGAAACGAUCGACCGGUGAUACCAAGGAUAUGAUGUUUACGGAUGACAAAUGUUUGUAUUUAACGUUCAUCGUCAAAGGAGGUGGUUACAACCCGGUUAAUAAAAAAAUCAAAAAACACGAAGUCUUGCCAAUGUUUUCGAACGACAGAGUGUGCAUAAGAUCCUGUGGUGCCGAAGAAGAUUGGGAAUUAGCCACCACUACGAUCGCACCGAAAGCGGCAUACAACGUUGCCAUUAAGUUGGUGAAAUUGGGUGAAAAUUUUGUUGUGCCCCCGGCUGGAAGUCCCGAUUUUGACGCCCUAGCCAAUACGGUCACCAGUGGUUUCAAGAAGACCUUAACUAAAUUACCCGAGUUCUACAAGAUUAGCGUUGAUGAGUUUUCUCAAGAUAACGACAAUGUCGUUGCUAAAAUGAGUGUCGAGUUAGACGAGAGUGGUGGUGGUUCGCGUGGCCGUGCAUUGGGCACUGACGAGGGUGCCGAACAAUUGGAGCGCGUUUUAAGAAGUACCGUAAACAGCGGUCACGUUGGCGCUCUAUCAUUGGAUCCUAAAUACUUUGUUUUUGAAGCAGCACCACUGUCCAGUACGAUUCCAUUAGAGGAAAACGUCAAUGACAGUAUACUAUUGUCUACGACAAAAUUAUGGAUCGUUAUAGGAUGCAUUUCCGCUUUGGUAUUUAUCGCCAUCGUUCAAGCUGGAUGCACCAUCUACAAGACAGCUCGAAGACCCAGACCAAACCACAAGGAUCACGGCGGUGUGAACUCCGCUUGGAAGGAUUAUUCGUCCGGCGGCGGUGGACCUAACACCAAUUACGCUUUCGAUCAGUACGACGGCGACGAAAAACAGUCACCCAGCUCGUUGAGCCAUACAUCCACCAUACCGCUGACCACAAAGUUGGUGUCGCAUAACGGCGGCGGAGGUAACCAUUACGCCGAGUCGCGGUCGUUGCACAGGCCUGCCGCAAACACGGCGGCUGCGGCCAACGGCGGCCGUCACAUGCACAGCCGCCCACCGCCACCGCCAGCACACCAACAGCAACUGCUCCACCAGGACAGAGCGGCGGGCACUUACUCGCUGCCCAGGCCCGCGCAACAGCCGCCCCACCAUAACGGCGGUUACUACACGCACAGACCGCCAAACCGGACAGCGCAUCACGGGCCACCACAUCAGCAGCAGUCCGCGGGCGGCGAUCAGCUUCAGCCGGACUUUUACUUUAUGCCGUCGCAGAGGAAGUACUCGGGCGAGGUGGUCAGGGUGUACGUGGACUAUAACACAAACCCCAGGAAAUGAACAGGGAGCCGCCCCGCGUCUCUGCAUUUUAUAUACUUAUAGUAAUCGUUUUUUGUAAAUAUAUAUCCAAAAAUUAUUUUUUUACAUAAGUACAUUAUAUACUUACGACACACGCACACACACGGACACGAACACGUACUCCUCGUGUACAUACGUUUAUUAUUCGCCAUAGUAUGUGUGUCUAUAUAUAUAUAUAUAUAUACGUUUAAACUCAAUAGCCACAUAAUAAUAAUUUAAUAUCGUUUAUUGUCCCGUAGUACGAUUCGUUGUCGUUUAUUAAUAAUAUGAUAAAUAUUAUUACUAGCGUGACAUGAUAAUUUAUUAAUCCCGACCCUCUUCGGUUCGCUUUUGGCUUUUCGAGACGUUCGGUCGGGUAUUGUAAUACGACAGUUUAUGAUAUCACAAUCGUGUGCCAUUUCAACCGACAAGUAUAAUAUAUUAUUAUACGUAUCGCUAUUCAUAAUAAUUGUCGACACAGUAAUAAAGAUUUUCGUUUAAGAUACGCGCAGUUGUCACUGCGUACAGAUCAAAACCUAUCUACAUAUACCUAUCAUUGUUAAUAAUAUUGCAUUGCGACUUUUCUUCGCGAUAAUGUUAGUGUGACAAUACGUGUAUGUGGGUGUGUGUAUGCGUGUGUGUGUGUAUACAUAUAUAUUUAUAGACGAUACAUAUUAUACGAACACGGACGCACGUUGUUAUUUACGUGUCAAGCCACUACACAUUGACUGUAUUUUAUUUUUUAUUAUUUUAUUUUAGAAUAUCAUUAUUUUUUUUUUUCGAUUUUAUAGUCUAUUACGUAAAAUAGUUUAGUAACGUUAUAAUAGGCGCGAGUAAUAUGUAUACCGCGAUGAAUUUCAACAAAAUAUAUAGUGCAAAACGUUGUCAAUCGAAUCAAUAUUAUAAUAAAUUAUGCCUAAGUAUAUUAUGUAUAAAUUCUUAAGAUAUAUAUAUAUAUAGUUAUGUAAACUGUUUGCUCAU